AUGAAGCAUGUGAACCAAUCAGAGUUUUCCAACUUUAUUCUGGUGAGUCUCUUCAGCAGAUUGGGUUCACCCGAAUUCCUUUUCUCUCUGGUGGCUGUCAUGUUUAUCAUUGGCCUUUUGGGAAACGCUAUUCUACUCUUCUUGAUCCGGUUGGACUCUAGGCUACAUACACCAAUGUACUUCCUGCUCAGUCAGCUUUCCCUCUUAGAUGUUUGUUUCCCCCUAAUCACCAUACCGAAGAUGGUAUCAGACUUCCCUAAUAAAGAAAGUUUUAUUUCCUUUGGAGGUUGUGCAGCACAAAUAUUUUUCCUGACCAUGAUGGGUGUAGCUGAGGGAGUCCUACUGGCCCUCAUGUCUUAUGAUCGCUAUGUGGCAGUGUGCCACCCCCUACAGUACCCUGUACUCAUGAGACAUCAGGUGUGCCUGGUUAUGGUGGCCUCUUCCUGGCUAGCAGGUGUGUUCAAUGCCUUCAUCCAGACUUCUAUAACUCUGAACUUUUCCUACUGUGCCUCUCGAAUUGUAGACCACUUUUUCUGUGAGGUGCCAGCCCUGCUGAAACUUUCCUGUUCAGACACCUCCACAUAUGAGUUGGCACUGUCCAUCUCUGGGGUGAUGGUCCUCAUGUUCCCCCUUUUACUCGUCAUUGCCUCAUAUGGCCAUGUUUUGAGGGCAGUUCUGCAUAUGCAAUCACAGGAAGCCAGGAAUAAGGCCUUCACUACCUGCUCUUCACAUAUCACAGUAGUUGGACUUUACGGUGCAGCAGUGUUCAUGUACAUGGUACCUGGUUCAUACCACAGCCCACACCAAGACAACAUAGUCUCCCUUUUCUACAGCCUUGUCACCCCUACUCUCAACCCUCUCAUCUACAGUCUGAGGAACCGAGAGGUGCGCAUUGCUUUGCUAAAAGUUAUCAGCAGAUUUGGACACAAACAAAAGUGA